UUCAUUUCGUACGUCUGAUUCGCUAGUUAUAUAGAAUUGCUGGGCAAUUUCUACUUGACCUGCCGAUACCUCUGGAUCGCCGUUUCUCUGAAAUUAGUUUCCACCGCGAGUGCGCAUGCGCAGCCGCUCCGUAACGCAGCUCGCUUGUGUUUCCUCUCUUAAAUAUAGAACACGAUAUUUCUGUGAAAGGGUGCACGUAAUUUGGUGUUGAAGAACUCGGUGAACGGACAAAUCCACCCGGCAUAGUACCCUCUCGAAUUAAUUCAAAGUCCCUAAUGAGAGUUUAAAAUUCCGUACGUGAAGAUGUAAGGAAAUCGCCUAUUAAGUCUUCUUGACGGAGUAAGAAUAAAAUACUAGCCGUGUUUAAGGAUGCGCUCAUGCUCUUGGGGCUUGAGAAGUUUAAUUAAACUUGACUUUUUAAAAGGCGAAUGUCAUGGCGCGAUGUUGCAUAAUAAAGGCGCGAGUUAAAGGAAGAACCGAGAGAACGGAUUUCGGAAAUCCUGUGAUAGAUGAGGACACCUUACAGCUGUGUUAACAAAACCUAAUCAUCGAGGUUCCACAGGUAGACGAGUACUCAAAUACUUAUGCCAUUGACAUUUGAAAGACCUAUUGUUGGGCGGAAUUAAACGUGUGAACAAUAUUAAAAAGUAUACGAUUUAUAGAAAAUUCACUACAGAGCAAUUUAAUAUUUUUACGGGAUUUUAAACCAUAAAUUGGAUAUUGGCAUGUUCCAAACGCGCGCAAUUUGCCUCAAUUAUUAUUUUCUAAUUUUUAUAUCUUUUAAGAUUUUUAAUUCAAUUCUCCACGUGCGAAACAUUCCGCCAAUCUACACUUUUACAUAGGCUUGACAAAAGGGAUUACUUUAAGUUUUGCCAAGAAGUUUUAUGUAGGACGUGUAUAUAUCGGGCAUAGGUAUUCAUUCUCAUCCUUCAAAUCGGGACAAGUAUUACUGGCAGCAACCUUGGGUUAUGCAAGACGCUGUAAAACCAUUACGUGAGCGAAUUUUUGUUUAACUGCAAGUGUUCGGUAUCCAAAUUCUCGCAUCCCUACCUAAAGCGACCAUACAAAUGUACUUCCCACACUCCGCUGCAUCCAACACGAUUCGCCGUAUAACCAUUAAAGAAACCUCAUUCUAACGCAGUUCACUAUAAAUUAAUUCUCUCGCGUUAUUACCUCUUAACAAUAUUAAAUUAAUAAAUAUAUCUCGCAAAUGGCAUAAAGAUAGUUCCAACCCUCUUGUUUCAUGGGAACAUUGUAUACGAUUAUCGUUGCACAUUCCGCAACCAGUCGGUACAAUUUUCUAUAGGAAGAUGUCGCCUCCUUCGAGUGAAUUUCUUAAUAGGACGACAUAUAAAAUUUCUAUGAAAUUUCUGUGUGUGUGGGAGGUAACGAAAUCGAAGCCGUUGCAAGGCUGAUCGCGAUUUCGUCGGCAUCCAUCGGCAUCCUUCGGAUUGAGAGGUGACGAGACAAGUAUUACGGCAUAGGAGUACUUAAUAAAGUAAGCAUCAAGCUGCCAGCAAUCCUCAGUUAAUAGCGUUUGACCUCAAUGUAUCGAUUAAGAGCAAUCAAUUCGCGAAUAGUAACCGCGGAGUGUCGCAGGGCCACAUCUGGUGAGUCCACAUUUCGGUUCCAAAGAGGCGUCCACCAGAAACAGGGUGGUCUCGUUGGAAUUUUAUACCAGGAAUAAUCUCCGAAGGAAAUCAACGUUUGGAAUAAUUUCAGUAUGCCAUAGUACGUACUUAGAUGACUCUUUGAACCAGGUGUACUUAAGCAUUAUUACUGGGCCUUGUUCAGUUUUUCUCACAAUUGUUCGACGAUUAUUUUCAUUAAAACGGAGACUUUUCCAAUGUGAAUUGUUACAUGCGGACCGUGGAUUCUUGAAUACCAUUGACUUUUUAAUAAGGUUCCUACGAAUCGGGGGACGGGCGCUUCAACAGGUGCUUUGAAUGAACACCAUAGUCUCGUAUUUACUAGUAUAAAACCAUGGAAAAUAAGAAUGGGGAAACAAUUAACAUGCAGCUUAUCGAUACACCAAGUCCGUACAAAAGCGACGGCCAACCUCCGGAAAACUCUCUACUCAGGACAGAACCAAAUGCGUUGCCAUCGUUAGAUUCGGAGAACUACGACCCUCAUAAGCACCGAAACAGACCAAAGCCUACCACGAACGCAGAGACAUUGAUUCAUCUACUGAAAGGCAGCUUGGGAACCGGUAUUUUGGCGAUGCCAAAUGCAUUCCACAACAGUGGACUUAUAACAGGUGUAAUAGCCACUAUUUUAAUUGGGAUCUUGUGCACAUACUGCCUGCACAUAUUAGUGAAGGCUCAGUAUGCCCUAUGUAAGCGGUUAAAGGUUCCUAUACUGAGCUACCCAGCAAGCAUGAAAUGCGCCCUGGAACAGGGACCACAAUGUUUAAGAUGGUUCGCUCCUCACGCACCAGGAAUCGUAGAUGGGUUUCUGAUAGCAUAUCAACUGGGGAUAUGCUGCGUGUACAUUGUCUUCGUUGCAACGAAUAUAAAACAGGUGGCAGAUGAGUAUUGGUCGCCGUUGAGUGUAGAAGUGCAUAUGCUGAUUCUAUUAGUACCGCUGAUACUUAUAAACUACAUAAGAAAUUUGAAGGUAUUAGCGCCGUUUUCAACUCUAGCCAAUGUGAUCACGUUCAUUGGACUGGCAAUGAUAAUGGUUUACGUUUUCGAUGAUAUGCCGUCGAUAAGCGAAAGGCAGCUCUUUGGUUCGGCAAGGAAUUUUGCUUUGUAUGUGGGAACAACAUUGUUUGCCCUGGAAGCUGUCGGUGUGAUUAUCGCCCUGGAGAACAAUAUGAAAACGCCGCAAAAUUUCGGAGGCUAUUGCGGUGUCUUGAACAUUGGAAUGACAAUAAUUGUCAUUUUGUACAUACUGGUGGGUUUCUUCGGGUACAUAAAGUUUGGUGCGGAUGCUGGAGGAAGCAUCACGUUAAGCUUGCCAAAGGAUGCUGUCAUGGCGCAAAGCAUUCGAAUAAUGUUCGCCAUAGCGAUUUUGUUCACAUACGCACUUCAAGGCUACGUUCCAGUUGAAAUUAUCUGGAAUACGUACUUGGACCAUCGCAUACAGAAUCGCAAACUCUUUUGGGAGUACGUAUGUAGAACCGUAGUCACCCUAGCAACUUUUGUUUUAGCCAUAGCGAUACCAAGGCUCGGACUGUUCAUCUCUUUGUUCGGAGCAUUGUGUCUCUCCGCCCUGGGAAUAGCUUUUCCAGCGAUCAUUGAAAUCUGCGUGUUGUGGCCGGACAAGUUCGGGCCUCUCCGAGUGAUUUUGAUAAAGAACGUCCUUUUAAUCAUCUUCGGUAUAUUAGGCCUGAUAAUAGGGACCUACGUCAGCCUGGUCGACAUAAUAAAGUCCUUUGAGGCUCCUCCGGACUCAACAGAACUGCUUUAGGCCCUAGAGCAGAGAAUGUGAAAUUAUUGAAGAAGCCUAUUAAUUAAAUAACAUCCUCUUGGUUCGCCUCAAUGCGUCGAACAUUUAACACUUAGUGCCGAUCAAGCUACUUAAUAGUUGCAGGCACAAAAUUGGCCGACUGGAUUAACAAUAGGUUAAUAGGAUUUAGAGGGCGUAAAAAGUAUUCGAUUUUUACAACGCUAUUGCGAAGACUACGUUCAAGGCGCUAUCCUGUAAUGGUAUUCGAUUAGUUGAAAGUAAUAAGAGCUCGAGGUCGACGCUUUUACACAAACUCAUGGAUAAGCUAUCGUCGCCACUAGGAUGAAUUUAGCAAUAAUUAAAUGCAGAACGAAUUAUUAUAUACAUCGUAGUGUCUUUUAGGGGCAAGUUCUCGCGACAAUUUAUCUCGUACUAAGAUACUCGUUAGUACUAUUAUAGACGCACGGAAUCACGGAUUAAUACAUAGCUUCAGGAUGUACGAUUUAUGUUAUGUGUAAAUGGAACAAUCACUUUCAUUCGUUUGAGUAUAACGCGCGGUAAUGUGUAAAGAAAACCGUCCCUGAUGAGGAAAUUGCACUUCGUGGCAAGGUGGAGUUGUUUGACGGAUGUCAACUAGUAGUAUUACUGCUCAGCGAUUAUUAACUCGUAAUAACGAAUGUAAGAGGUUAAUAACAAUAAUGCGUAAACUAAGCGAGAACAAAUGCGAUGAUGAAAGAAUUAUUGUUACCGCGAGAUCCCGUUAUAUGACAACCCUGUUACAGAUGAUAAAUCGUCAACUUUUUUGAUAAAUUGUUUGGAAAUGUCAAAUAGGUUUCAGCCAUUUUUCCCGACUAUUAGUACCCCCCCUUUUCCCCUCGAACUCGUAAUCGUGAAUUUUUUAAUCGAUGUGUUCGUCCGACCUUGUUGAAAAUUUCGCAUGGAAACUGGUUAUAGUAAUAAAACACCAAAUAAAGACAUACAAUGUUUAUGUACCUUAAGUAUUUAUAUACACGUUCAGUCGGCCCUAUUCAUUUGUACGUGAAAUUUUCAGCAGAGUGUAAACAUUCUUCUCACUACAGAAAUAAAAGUCUGAAAAGUAA